AUGGGGAAACUACUACUGUGGGCAGGCUUCACCAUUGUGCUGAAUCUGCAGCUUGGUUCUGCCUACAAACUUAUAUGUUAUGUCACUCAGUGGGCUCAAUAUAGGGCAGGACCAGCCAGGUUCAUGCCAGAGAAUAUAGACCCAUUCCUGUGCACCCACUUGAUCUUUGCUUUUGCUAGCAUGGACAAAAACCAAAUUACCACUAUGGAUCCGAGUGAUGAAACACUCUACAAGCAACUUAAUGCCUUAAAGGGCAGGAAUAAAAAGCUGCUCACAUUGGUGUCUGUUGGAGGGGCACAAAGAAGGACGGAAACCCAGAAGUUCACUGCCAUGGCAUCCUCUCCGGCAAAUCGCCAGACAUUUAUCAAAUCAGUGGUAUGUUUUCUCCGCAAACAUGACUUUGAUGGUCUAGACCUUGAUUGGGAAUAUCCAGGUUCCGGUGGCAGCCCCCCAGAUGAUAAACGUCGCUUCACAGUCUUGAUUCAGGAACUAUCAGCUGCUUUUAUGAAAGAGGGCAAAAAAACAGGACACCCACAGCUUCUGCUUUCUGCUGCAGUAUCAGCUGACAAAAAAACCAUCGAUGCUGGCUAUGAAGUUGCUGCCCUGGGCAAGAGUCUUGAUAUUAUCAACGUGAUGACCUAUGAUUUCCAUGGACCUUGGGCACCUGCAACAGGACACAACAGCCCCCUGCACAAGGGUUUAAUUACUUAUGACUCAUCUCCCUUCCUCAACUGUGAAUAUGGCAUGAAGUACUGGAAGGAAAAUGGAGCACCACCUGAAAAACUCCUCAUGGGCUUUCCAACGUAUGGACGCGGUUUCAAGCUUGCUAGUUCAGAUACUAAAGUUGGUGCCCCAGCCUCUGGUGCAAGUAGUCCUGGAUACUACAGCAAAAUGGCUGGUGUCCUGGCAUAUUAUGAGGUGUGUUCAUUUUUAAAAGGAGCUAUCAUAGCAUGGAUUGAAGAACAGAAGGUUCCUUAUGCUUUUAAAAAUGGAGAAUGGAUUGGAUAUGACAAUGAAAGGAGUUUUCAGAUAAAAGCCGAGUUCUUGAAGAAGGAAAGUUAUGGAGGAGCUAUGGUUUGGACUCUUGAUUUUGAUGAUUUCUCUGGCAAAUUCUGUAAUCAAGGACACCAUCCCCUUCUUAAAAGGCUCAAGGGUUCCCUGGGAAAUUGA